GCCAACCACGAGAUGACGAGUUUUUAAAAGCAUGCUUGCCCUAAAACCUAGUAGGUAGGGUAGAUAAAUAAAUCAUACAUACAGUGUAUAGUCACCAGAGGCUUAAGGUAACCUAAAAGCUGGGCUCUGAACUCAGAUAGCUUAUCAUCCACAGAGCUGGUUAGUUACCUCAGGAGGUGCUGGCCAGAAGUAAAAGAAAGGUGUGUAGUCACAGGGCACAGCUAAGGCACAGAGUUUUGAGAGAAGGGCACAUCCUGGAGCUGCAAAUGUGUGAGUGCUGGGUUAGGAGGACGGAUCUUCAGAUGAGACUAAUGUAGAGGGGUCCACAUCAGGUGUUUAAGAUAGAAGUGCUAAUGAAUGGAAGAAAACAUUUUGUUGAAAAGAGAUACAGCGAAUUUCAUGCUUUGCACAAAAAGCUUAAGAAAUGUAUAAAAACUCCAGAAAUCCCUUCUAAACAUGUUAGGAACUGGGUCCCCAAAGUCUUGGAACAGCGACGACAAGGCUUGGAAACAUACUUACAGGCAGAUCAGCUCUUGAGGGGGUCAGAGAAAACAACUCUUCCUGCCAUCCAAGGGGCAACUAGUACAUUCUGGACCAUGGAAUUUUGAAUAUCUGCUUCUAAAACACACCUAAUUCACCAAGAAACUGAGGAAAUAAGACCACUGGUGCUAUUUUUCAAGAUACAGUGAUGAUGAGGCGGACUCAGCCCUGCCCUCUUGGAGCUGGAGUUCAGUGGACAGAAGCCAAGUAAACCUAUCAAGGAAAUAAUUGCUAGCACUCUGAAGGAAACAAAUAAGGGAGCAAGAAAGAGGUUAUCAGAGAGUAAGAAUGAGUGGAAGAGGAGCUCCAGAGGAUGCUGUGAUAGCCUGGUUGUCAGAGUGAGAGUGCAUGUUUAUGUGCUGAUAGGAAUGAUUCAGCAGAGAUGGAAAGGUGAAGAGACAGAUAGGAAAAAGGAACAUGCCUGUCAGGUGUUCCCAGGUACUUCCCUGCCCCCCUUUCCAGGACACGGUUGGAAAAGACUGAGCUUGGCAGCUUGCCACAUACCCCAAGAAAAUUGGUAUUCCAUUAGUAAAGAAGAAGGGAAGACUGGAUCUUGCAUAGAUGCAAAAAGACUGGUGUAAUCUGGAAAACUCCCAGAAAAGGGGGGUGCUUGAUAAUAUUGCCUUAAGUGGGGUGAGAGAACUGUUCAGCUCAUUUGACACCAUGUGGAAGGAACACUUCUUGCAGACCUACAAUUUGAGACCCAUGAUUCUCGCACAUAAACAGCUACUCUCUGUCUUGCAUCUGGUUGACAGACCAUGUGUGCCAACUUGCAUCCAGGAAUGGGAUGAGCAGCGUCAGAACUUCACCACCAGAGUCAUUGGGAGAAAGUAAACACAUACACACACAUGGAUGGAGAGAGGGACAGAGGGAUGGACGGAUGAAUGCAUUGGUAGAUGGGAAAACGCUUAGAGUGAUACGCUAUUUCGAUUCUAUCUCACUAUAUUCUAAGGCUGUCAUUUUAGAAAAUGAAGAACUUCCCAAACUGUUUCUUGAUUUCCUAAAUGUGCGACACUUGCCCUCUCUACCAAAGGCAGAAAGUUGUGGAUCUUUUGAUGAAACAGAGUCUGAAGAGUCAAGCAAACUGUCCCACCAGCCUGUGCUGCUGUUCCUCAGGGAUCCAUAUGUCUUGCCUGCAGCCAGCGAUUUUCCAAAUGUGGUUAUUGAAGGAGUCCUCCAUGGGAUAUUUUACCCUCAUCUACAGCCCAGGUAGAAAUCCUACAUGGCUAAAAGAAGCAGAAGCAAGUUUCGAAGUCACAGUCAAGGAAAUCAAUACCUACCAAUUUAACCUAAACGCUAUGAUAUAUAACAGCUCUAGCUAGUGGUAAAGUGCACAGUCCCAGCUUAAUUCAGGGCAGGGACAUUUCCAUUAGAAUGGUGCUCUUAAAAAUAGAAACUGAACCAGGGCGGUGGUCAGGCUAAGGCCAAGUGUUUAAGAAGUAUAGUGUAGCUGCCAGCGUAGAAACCCAUGAAAAGGAGGCCACAGGAGAUUCCUGGGAGCACUGGGUGUAGCAAAACAAAGCCACUCUCUGCUUCAGUCGCACCAUUUGCUAAUUGAAAAUCAUAUCCUGAAUCAUACUGAGACUGAUCAACUUUGGUAGCUUUUUUGUUCAGAUCUUAUGACACACUACUCUUCUCACCAUGAGAUUUUCUCAGCCAGUGACAGUACAUUCUGAAAUGCUGGCACCAGGAGACGGCCACAGACACACACCGCUAAAUGUGAAGAUGGAACUAAACUGGAAAUUAAAUUAUACUGACAAUAUUAUGGCAUUUUUAAGAUCAUGGCAUUUUAAUUUACAUUAGAGUGGAGUUGCAUCAUACUCAGGGGUUAGCUUCCAAGGUCAGUACAUAGGUAAAAUGGGCUAUUAGGAUGAUCCUUGAAAGCCCUUUAGAAGGGUGCCAUGUUGGAAACCUGUACAUCCACAACAAGUAGCUUUUCCUCCUAUGUUGGAAAAAAAGACUGUUUCUUUGUUUGAAGACCAAGUGAAGUUGUUGGUGUUUGUUUAGGGGCCAUUUUGUUAAAAAAAAAAAAAAAAAAAAAAAGGCACAUAACUUUUAACACUAGAAUCAGCCCUGCAAGAUGCUUGCCCCGCUAGUGGCAGAUGUGAACUGACAAGGAGUGAAGCGCCCACCCAGCGGAUGGACAGCACCCACCUGGGUUUACUCAAGGGUGUGCAUUCAUCGUAGGUGGGAUCACCACAGGAUUUCAUGUUAUUUUCCUUACGGCUUCCUUUUCACUGACCUCAUUUGUUGAGUUAAUGUAAGUUAAAUGUGUUUAUGAUAUAACUCCACUGUACAUCAUACUUUGAGUAGUAAAGGAUAAAAGCAUAUAUACUACCUAUAUGUAUGUGCUGUAUGUGGGCAUUUCAUUGAGAUCUAAUUAAUAGCUAGCCUAUUUAUGGUUAUUCGUUUUAAUAAGUUCUGUGGGAGCAAGGUAUUUAAAAUCAAAACUAAUAACUACAUCAUGGUUUUUGAUUAGGAUCUAAAUAUUCAGGUUUUAAGCCUGCUGCAAACUUUUAAAGAUAUUAUGAUAGAUUCUGUACUACAUGUGGGAAACAAGCAAGAACUAAAUAAUCAAAUGUUGUCAACCAAAAGUAAUAGUUGGGUAUUGGAGAUUUUUUAAAAAUGUUUUUAUGUUAUUAGCUAUUUGGAGUUAAAUAAAAACGGAACAAGGAAA